CCCGUUCGACUGCGUAAAACCUCUCUCUCUCUCUCUCUCUCCUCUUCUCUGCUUCUCCGGCUGAUCGGCUCCAGCUCGGGAUGGAGAGCUCCGCCGGCGGCGACCACCGGCGCCCGGAGGAACCCGCCGCCGAAUCCCCCGGCGAUCCCCAGGUGCGCGAUGUGAUUGAAACGGACGAGGAGAUCAACCCGGUUCAGCAGCCUAGGCGGCCGAAUCUGUCGUCCCUGCAGAUACCUGAGAGGUCUCUGGAAAGCGCCAUCUCCACUUUCGUGAGGAUCGAUAUCCCUUCGGCGUCGAGUCCUUGUUCUAGUAGAGUCGGGCUGCCGCCGAGACCCAAUUCCGCCAAGUUCAAAUCGUCCAUGAGGAAUCUGCUCCCUCAGAGGAGCCUCCGGGUGAAAGAAAUCUCCCGGGAUGUUGAGAAGGCGGUUCUCAUCGUCCCGGACGCUCAACUGUCCGAUGGUCGUCCUAGCAGGCCUAAUACUGCGAGAUCAUUUUCUCUAAAAGAAGUCUUUUCUCCUUCCUCGGGGAAAGUCGCGCAUUCCGUACCGGUUACCCCAGUUGCCAGUAUGGGUCCCGAAAGUGCAAGGGAAAGGCCGGUUGAUGGUCCUAAUCACUCUAAACCGGAAGUUCAUCACCAUAUAACACGAUCCUUCUCAGUUCCAGUUAAUGUCAAAACUAGAAGUCUAAAAAGGAUAAACUCUGGGGGACUCAUCCGUGUGAUUUCAGCCUCACCUCGCCCUGAAGCAGUAGAUCCUAGCUCAGCAAAUGAUGCUUCUGCAGAAGAGAUUGCUAAUGAAGAUGCCAGUGAAGAUAUUCCAGAAGAGGAAGCGGUUUGUAGGAUUUGUAUGGUUGAGCUUAGUGAAGGAGGUGAUACUCUAAAAAUGGAGUGCAGCUGCAAAGGGGAGCUCGCGCUGGCUCAUCAAGAGUGUGCAGUGAAGUGGUUCAGCAUAAAAGGGAACAAGACGUGUGAUGUUUGCAAGCAAGAUGUUCGGAACUUACCAGUUACAUUAUUAAAGAUACAUAAUCCUCAGAAUGUAAUCAGACGGCCACCCAAUGUACAGCAGCAAAGGGAGGUAACACAUUACAGGGUCUGGCAUGAUGUACCCGUCCUAGUCAUGGUCAGCAUGCUUGCAUACUUUUGCUUUCUGGAGCAACUUCUGGUAUCAGAUUUGGGGCCUAGAGCUCUGGCCAUAUCAUUGCCCUUCUCGUGUGUUCUAGGCCUUCUUUCAUCUAUGAUUGCUUCCACCAUGGUGAGCAGGGGUUAUAUCUGGGCAUACGCUUCAUUUCAGUUUGCCAUUGUUAUCCUUUUUGCUCAUAUCUUCUAUAAUGUGCUUAGUGUGAAUGCCAUUCUCUCGGUCCUCUUGUCCUCCUUCACGGGUUUUGGGAUUGCAAUUAGCACUAACUCCCUCCUUGUGGAGUACCUUAGAUGGAGAAUGAGCAGGCAAUUAAGACCUCGUCCCAAUAAUCCGAGCAGAAGAGUGCAGGAGCGGCAGCAUUUUCACCCUCAGCAGCACGAAGCCCGCCGCGAACAACAUUUAGAGCACUCGCAAUGGCAUAAUCACCAUAUCCAUCAGCAGCAAGAUCGUCAAAACCCACACCACCAUCAACUUCAACCUACAGAAGAACCGAGUGUAGUUCCAAUCGAAAGAUCCAUUCGGCAAGAAACAAUGAUUCAGCAAAGCACAUAAGUCCAAGUCCCUAUCACUGGGUUGCAUAUUGGUUUUCCUCAGGAGGUAGAGUUGCACGGUGCCUUCAAAUUGCUAAUGCUCUAAUUAUUUCACUAUUUCCUGAGAAAUGGGUGUUUAGAACUUCUAACCACACAUAAUUUUUACCUGUGAAGCACUUCAACUAUGGAGUAUAAAAUACGGAAGAAUAGAAAGAAAUAAUUAUCUAA